CAUUAACUAGUUAUUCUAUGAAACCCCCUGAACUCCGCGGCCAGCCGAGAUCAAAGUCAAUGGUCAGCAACCUGGAGCUCCGGUGUCGGCGCGCGGGGUCUCAGCGUGCCGACCCCGCCAGCAACUUUCCCGUCAGCAAGAGAGAGACCAUCUUAUUAUUUCACGUCCUUAUUCAGUCUGCUUUUCUCCUUGAGUCUUCUUAUAAGAAAAGAUAGACCAGGUCCUAUAUUCAUCCAUAAUGCCGUCCUAUAACAUUGUCGUGUUUGCAGGUGACCACUGUGGUCCUGAGGUCACUGCGGAGGCUCUGAAGGUGCUCCGUACCGUGGAGAAGCACCGCGAGGACAUUACCUUCAACUUCCAAGACCACCUUCUCGGUGGAGCUUCAAUUGACGCGACCGGUUCUCCGUUGACGGAUGAGGCUCUCACCGCUGCGAAGAACGCUGAUGCUGUCUUCCUGGGUGCUGUUGGUGGUCCGAAAUGGGGAACUGGUGCUGUUCGCCCCGAGCAGGGUAUCCUUAAGCUGCGCAAGGAGAUGGGCACUUUCGGCAACCUGCGACCAUGCAACUUCGCUGCUCCCUCUCUCGUCGACAUCUCUCCCCUCAAGGCUGACGUCUGCCGCGGCGUCGACUUCAACAUCAUCCGUGAAUUGACCGGUGGUAUCUACUUCGGCGACCGGAAAGAAGACAACGGUGACGGUCAGGCUAUGGACACUGAACCGUACUCCCGCACUGAGAUCGAGCGUAUCGUCCGUCUCGCUGCUCACCUGGCCCUGCAGAACGACCCGCCUCUCCCUGUCUGGAGUUUGGACAAGGCUAACGUCCUGGCUACGAGCCGUCUGUGGCGCAAGACUGUGACCGAAAUCAUGGAGAAGGAGUUCCCUCAGCUGAAGUACGGACACCAUCUGAUCGACUCCGCGGCCAUGCUCAUGAUCAAGGACCCCCGUAAGCUGAACGGUAUCAUUGUCACGAGCAACCUGUUUGGAGACAUCAUCAGUGAUGAGGCCAGCGUCAUCCCUGGCUCCCUGGGUCUGCUGCCCUCCGCUAGUUUGAGCGGUAUCCCUGACGGCAAGAGCAAGGUCAACGGUAUCUACGAGCCUAUCCACGGCUCUGCCCCAGACAUCGCCGGCAAGGGCAUUGUCAACCCCGUCGCAGCCAUCCUGUCCACCGCUAUGCUCCUCCAGUACUCUCUCGGCCGCCAGGCUGAGGCCAAGCUCGUUGAAACAGCUGUGCGCAACGUCCUCGAGUCCGGUGUCCGCACCGGCGACAUUGGAGGCAAGGCCACCACUCAGGAAGUCGGUGAUGCCGUCGUUGCCGAGUUGGAGAAGCUCCUGAAGUAAAACAAACGAGACUGGAAAGGCUAUUCCAUACUCCUAACCGAUUAAAAAAAGAUUAAAGAGAUACCAUGUGAUGAUAAAAAUGGAUCUGCAAUAACUAGUAAUUACAAUGCGUCAAAUAGGCCGUGUCGAUGGCAGGAGCAAAGAUAUGCGCUACUUCUAGUUCUGAUUUAGAAUGUUCUCAUUCGAACAGCGCAACCCUGCAGGCUGGGUUGAUAUUCCGUUGGACUGUGUCGGAGGAUCAACUGAUGGCUAGGGAGGAAUUUCUGCGAGGUGCAUAUAUAUAUAUAUAUAUAUGC